UAAAAAAUUUAUGACAUAACUUGAAGGUUUGACAAAUCUGUAUUAAAAUCGCAAAAUGAGUGAUUUCUUUUCAUAAAUCUGCAAUGAAUCCAUAAAAAACUAGUCCUAAAGAAAGGGUAAAUAGAGAUAAAAAGAAAAAAAAGUAAAGGGAGUGUAAUGUAUGGAAUGCCGAACCUUCCCCGCACGCGUUAAAAGCUGAGACACCUCACACGUGCUGUCGCGAUUGGGAUUCUGUACGGCUAUCCACGUGGCACCUUCUUCCCCCGCCCCUCUCCAUUUAUAUUCUUCCCUUCUUUCUCACUCCUCAAUUUAUUCACUCUCAAGUCUCACCCUUCCUCCCGUCCCAAAACGCCGUCGUUUUCCCUCCCCAAUUUCCUCAGCCUCUACUUCCUUUCCCCCAAAAGGAAACUAAAAAGAAAAAUCGAAAUUAGUCAAUCCAUCGGCUCCCGAUUUCCCGGAAAUGAUCGCGGAUUGAUCAAACCAUGGAUUCCGAUUCAGUGAAAUCGAGCUUCACCUACAUGGGGCGCAAGUUCAGCGAUAUCAGCCUCAACGACUCCUCCUCCUCCGCCUUCAGCGACUGCAACAGCGACAGAUCCGGCGAGUUCCCCACGGCGUCGUCGCAGAGCCGCCGCCUCUUCCUCUCCUGCGCCUCCGACAAUUCCGACGAGCUCAUCUCGCAGCUCGUCUCCGCCCUCGAUUCCGACAACAUCGACGAGCAGAAGCAGGCCGCCAUGGAAUUGCGUCUCAUGGCAAAGAAUAAACCGGAGAACCGGAUCAAAAUAGCGAGGGCCGGAGCGAUCAAGCCGCUGAUUUCGAUAAUCUCGUCCAACGAUCUGCAGCUGCAGGAGUACGGCGUCACGGCGGUUCUGAACCUCUCGCUGUGCGACGAGAACAAGGAGGAGAUCGCCUACUCCGGCGCGAUCAAGCCGCUGGUCCGCGCCCUCAAGGCCGGCACCUCCACUGCCAGGGAGAACGCCGCCUGUGCGCUCCUCCGGCUAUCGCAAAUCGAGGAGAACAAGGUCGCGAUCGGGCGGUCCGGCGCGAUUCCGCCGCUGGUGAACCUGUUGGAGAGCGGCAACUUCCGCGGGAUGAAAGACGCGUGCACAGCGCUCUACUCGCUGUGCACGGUCAAGGAGAACAAGAUCAGGGCGGUGCAGGCGGGGAUUUUGAAACCCUUGGUGGAGCUCAUGUCGGAUUUGGGGUCGAACAUGGUGGACAAGUCGGCGUUCGUGUUGAGCCUGCUGAUGUCGGUGCCGGAGGCGCGGGCGGCGCUGGUGGACGAGGGCGGCAUACCCGUGCUGGUGGAGAUUGUGGAGGUGGGGACGCAGCGCCAGAAGGAGAUCGCCGUCGCCAUACUGUUGCAGUUGUGCGAGGACUGCUUGGCCUACCGUACUAUGGUGGCCCGCGAAGGAGCCAUUCCCCCCCUGGUGGCUCUCUCGCAGACCGGGACCACUCGCGCCAAACAAAAGGCGGAAGCACUGAUUGAGCUUCUACGGCAGCCAAGAUCCACAAACGGCGCUGCGAGGGACAUAUGAUGUGUUGCUUUCGUGCACUCCCACAUGAUGAUACCCAUACCCUGACAAAACACCCACUUGGAAUUUUCCACUAAAGGACAAAAUAGAGUGAUAAACAAACCCAUACAUAUCAAAGCAAAGAGAUAGGGCCGGGUCAUAACUGUAAAUAUCCAAUGCUGCUGUGACUUGUCAUGUAAAUUUGCCUUCGAUUUUGAUCUUCUUCAAACUCAAAAAAAAAAAAAAAUACUCAUAUAAACAAAAUCUUCUAUUCCAAUACGCUUUGGUUUGGCUUUUUUGGUUUUGAGUGUAAGUUUUCUCUUUUAAUGUAAAACCCAAUAUCUUCUCUCUUUAUACUUUCAGAGAUUUUGUAUUUAAUUGUUGAUAUGCUCCAAAACCUUUAUCUUCUUUAUUCUUGGUUGUAAAAGUUUUGUCCAUCUAUUGAGGUCAAUGCUUUGUACUAGCUAGAUAUUAGGGUUGAGUACAAAAAUUCGGAGAUCCAACGACUUACAAAUCAUAUGGAAA